CUAGCAUAAGAAAAGUCUUUCAGAGAAGAACAGAAAGAAGAAAAAAAAUCAGCUUCAUAGCGACAUCAUCAUAUUGAUUGCACAGCUGAAAAUAUGGUGGUGUCUGCUUCAAUGCCAAAUAUCAGCACCAAUGGUGCAUUCCAGGUCGGCCGGUUUACUGUGCAGAAUAACUCGGGAACUUUCUAUCAAGGAUACCCGCUGCACGACAACUUCAACUACAAGGCAGAAGGCUCCCCGCCCACAAAUGGACUUCAAGGAGAUGCAGCUUCUAGCCAAAAUGAUGGACUCUUCAUGACUCCACUUGGUCCUAGUGACCUCCAGACUGCUGAGGCGGUCAGGUCUGUCCGAGACUCCAGAGAGGAUUUUCGACGGCUUUCUCUGUAUAGCACCUUGGAUGUCGUACCACACUACACGCAUUACGCCAACACAGCAGCACCUGGUCGCUUGAAGCGAAGCAGACCCUCAUUGGAUGUCCUACGCAAUGCCAUUAAGGAGAACAGCGAGGAUCUUACCAAAGUUUCUGAAAUCUGUGAGGUAAACAUUAAGAAGUCAGAGGAGGAAGCAGCUACUACUGACAAACCUGUGUCAGAGCCAGUGCGGUUUGGCUGGAUCAAGGGUGUCAUGAUCCGUUGCAUGCUAAAUAUUUGGGGUGUCAUCCUUUAUCUGAGACUUCCUUGGAUUACUGCACAAGCUGGAAUAGGUUUGACAUGGCUGAUUAUUCUUUUGUCUGUUCUUGUGACAACAAUUACUGGUCUAUCUAUUUCGGCGAUCUCCACUAAUGGGAAGGUGAAAGCAGGUGGGACUUAUUUUCUAAUUUCAAGAAGUCUUGGUCCAGAGCUGGGAGGAUCUAUUGGUCUUAUUUUUGCUUUUGCCAAUGCUGUGGCUGUUGCCAUGCACACCGUGGGUUUUGCUGAGACUGUGCGGGACAUGCUUAUUGAGUACAAUGCUACUAUGGUGGAUCCUGUUAAUGAUAUUAGGAUCAUUGGCGUGAUUACAGUCACAGUGCUUCUUGGCAUCUCCUUGGCUGGAAUGGAAUGGGAAGCAAAGGCUCAAGUUUUAUUCUUUCUGGUUAUCCUGGUAUCUUUCGUAAACUACUUGGUGGGAACCGUAAUUCCAUCGACAGAAGAAAAGCAGUCAAAAGGAUUUUUUAACUACAGAGCUGAUAUCUUCAUACAAAACAUUGUUCCUGACUGGAGGGGAGAAACAGGCAGCUUCUUUGGGAUGUUUUCCAUCUUUUUUCCAUCAGCAACGGGCAUUCUGGCUGGAGCCAAUAUUUCGGGAGAUUUGAAAGAUCCAGCUGUAGCCAUCCCAAAGGGCACUCUGAUGGCUAUUUUCUGGACAACAGUUUCGUACCUGGCUAUUUCUGCCACAAUUGGUUCUUGUGUAUUGCGUGAUGCCUCAGGAAAUCUUAACAACACAUUGCUAUUCAACGACACAGAAGACUGUAGUGGGCCAGAAUGUGUCUAUGGAUGGAAUUUCACAGACUGCAGGGAUGCUGGUGACUGUCAGUAUGGACUAUCCAACUACUAUCAGGCAAUGAGUAUGGUUUCUGGAUUUGGACCACUCAUUACCGCAGGAAUCUUUGCUGCCACAUUGUCCUCCGCUCUUGCCUGCCUUGUCUCUGCACCCAAAGUCUUUCAGUGUCUUUGCCAUGACAGACUGUACCCCCUUAUUGGAUUCUUUGGUAAAGGAUAUGGGAAAAACAAUGAGCCAAUUCGAGGCUACCUCCUCACUUUUAUUAUUGCCAUAGGCUUCAUUCUGAUUGCUGAGCUCAAUGCCAUUGCUCCAAUUAUUUCCAAUUUUUUCUUAUGCUCAUAUGCACUCAUCAAUUUCAGCUGCUUCCAUGCCUCAAUCACCAACUCUCCAGGAUGGAGGCCAUCAUUUAAGUACUACAGUCGCUGGACUGCUCUCUUUGGAGCCAUUGUUUCCAUUGUCAUCAUGUUCUUGCUUACGUGGUGGGCAGCUCUCAUUGCUUUUGGCAUUGUGGUCUUCCUUUUGGGUUAUGUAACCUACAAGAAACCAGAGGUAAACUGGGGAUCAUCAGUGCAAGCCAGUUCUUACAAUAUGGCUCUGUCCUAUUCAUUCUCACUUACAGCAGUGGAAGAUCAUGUGAAGAACUUUAGACCUCAGUGUUUGGUGUUAACUGGCAUUCCAGUGUGUCGCCCAGCCCUCGUCGACUUUGUGGGAACUUUCACCAAAAAUAUUAGUCUUAUGAUUUGUGGGAACAUUGUUAUGAAUAAACAAGAUAAAGAAUUACUGGAGGAAAGAACAAGUAAACAGAUCAAAUGGCUGAAUAAAAGGAAGAUUCGUUCAUUUUACACUUCGCUUAUGGGAGAAAACCUGAGAGAUGGUGUCAAUAAUCUCAUGCAGGCAACAGGCUUAGGAAAGUUAAAGCCUAACACUCUUAUUAUGGGCUUCAAGGGAAACUGGCAGUCUGAUCUCCCAGAGAACCUGGAUAGCUAUGUUGGGAUAAUAAAUGAUGCCUUUGAUUUUAAAUAUGGAAUUUGUCUGCUGAGAACAAGCAACGGGUUGGACAUUUCUCACCGAAUGCAAAGUUUUGAUAAUCCAGCUUUUGAGGAAAUUAAAGAAGAAAAUGAUGAAGUGCAACAUGAAAUGUCGAUCAACAAAGCAGUAGUGACAGAACCCGAAAUUGUGAUAGAAGAGCAAUCCCAAACUAUAUUUAAAUGCAAGCAAGGAAAGAAAACUAUUGAUGUCUACUGGAUUUCAGAUGAUGGAGGUCUUACUCUUCUAAUUCCUUAUCUGCUCAAUCGAAAAAAGAAGUGGAGGCAGUGUAAGGUCAGGGUGUUCAUUGUUGGGCACAAAGAAACAGAAGAUGAAGACAAGAAAGAAAUGCUGUCCCUGUUGAACCGGUUUCGACUAGAUUUCCAUGAUGUCAUUGUAAUGACUGAGAGCGAUGAAGCACCCCAACCUGAAAACAUGAAGAGAUUUGAAGACAACAUUGCUGCAUUCAGGCUAAAUGAUGGAUUGCAAGACAAUGCUAGUGUCCGGGAACUUAAAAGAAACUGUCCCUGGAAAGUUUCAGACAGCGAGUUAGAGCAAUAUAAAGAGAAGACAAAACGAAAAGUUCGUUUGAAUGAAAUUAUUCAAGAGAACUCAAAGGAUGCAGCUCUCAUAGUUGUGAGCAUGCCAGUGGUAAAGAAGGACUCGUGCUCAAGCUCUCUGUAUAUGGCCAUGUUGGAGGCCUUGUCCUGCAACCUCACCUCUCCAGUGCUUCUCAUUCGUGGCAAUCAGCAGAGUGUACUGACAUUUUAUUGUCAGUAGAAUGAACUACAAAAACAGGAUGUUUCCUUCUCCUUUCGAUGGUAUACACCUGGGAUAUUUGUGCCAAAAUCUAUCCAAUGAAAAAAAGCUCUUUACUAUCUUUGGACUAUAUGCCCAUAAAAGAGAUGCUUUGGACUAUAUGCCCAUAAAAGAGAAGCUAUCUCUUUAGGUGCUGGGCUAGAUACAUUUGUGAAUGACAGCUUUGACUUGCACUGUUUUUGAAGCUGUGAUAGCAAAG